AUGGCACUGUUAAAUCGUCCAACUGAUUCUGCAUCUCUUGGAGUGGUUCGGUUCCUUUUUGGGUUCCUGAUGUUGCUGGAUGUCCCCCAGGAACGGGGGUUGGGUUAUGUUGAUGAGAAAUGGGGUAACAGUGAAAUGUGUAACUUCCCUCUUUUUAAUUUUAUGAAACCACUUUCCUUGGAAUGGAUGUAUGUGAUCUAUUUCACAAUGUGGGUUGGGGCUUUUUUGCUGAUGGUGGGUUUAUUUUAUCGUAUUGGCUGCUUCAUGUUCAUGUUGUCCUAUUGGUACUUGUUCCUUCUGGAUAAAUCCAAGUGGAACAACCAUUCUUACUUGUACGGAUUGCAUGCCAUUAUGUUUAAUUUUAUGGAUGCCAACCGAUAUUGGUCUUUGGAUGGAAUACUGCAGCCAAAAAUAAGAAACUCUCAUGUACCAUUAUGGAAUUAUACACUUUUACGAGCUCAGAACUUUCUGGUUUACUUUUUAGCUGGGUUGAAAAAAUUCAACCCUGAAUGGUUAGAGGGAUAUUCAAUGAAAUCCUUAAAUGAACAUUGGGUAUUUCUGCCAUUUAAAUGGAUUCUGACACCGGAUCAAGUGGAUUUAUUUGUGAUUCAUUAUUUUGGUUUCUUCCUGGAUUUAACGAUUGGAUUUUUUCUUUUCUUUGACUUCACUCGUCCAUAUGCCAUGAUCUUUGGAAUCAGCUUCCAUUUAAUGAACUCACAACUUUUUAACAUUGGAAUGUUUCCUUGGACAAUGAUAGCAACAAUAACAAUCUUUCUAUACGCUGAUUGGCCAAGAAAUAUCUUUAAAAAAUUAUCCAAAAACUUUUCAUGGAUCUGCCCAGUUGAUGAGCCUCCACAGCAAAGCUCACACUGUAUUUAUCCUGUUGAGGUUGUUUCUUCAUCAGGACCAAAGUCUGUUUCAUCUAUGAGGCAAGAAUCUGCCUCAAGUCACUCACUGAUAAAGAAGGAUUCCAAGAAAAAGAAAUAUUCCAUCUAUCAUGUUGCAUCAACCAUUUUCACCAUCAUCUACUUGGCACUGCAGCUUUUUCUGCCUUAUUCCCAUUUCAUCACAAAGGGUUAUAACAAUUGGACAAAUGGGUUAUAUGGUUACUCCUGGGAUAUGAUGGUUCAUAGAUGGAACAUCCAACAUGUCCAAAUUACCUAUAUCCAGAAAGACACUGGGGAAACUGGAUUUCUUGAUCCACUGGCUUUUGUCAGAAGUGAGAGAAGAUGGCCUCUCCAUGCUGAUAUGGUAAAACAGUAUGCCACUUGUAUUGAGGAUAGACUUAAAAAAUAUGGCCUUAAGAAUAUAGAACUCUAUUUUGAUGUGUGGAUUUCUAUGACAAAACGAUUCCAACAAAGGAUCUUCAAUCCCAAGACAGAUAUUCUACAAGCUGAAUGGAGUCCAUUCCAAGAAACAAAAUGGAUUCUUCCUUUACAGGCAGAACUUUCUGGCUGGAGAAAGAAAAUGGAGAAAAUAACAAAAGCUGUUCAUAAAAAGAAUCCAGAAAGACAAUUAACAUUCAUUUUGGAUUUUCCAGGUUAUCACUUGGAGAAUUUUAUUUCGGAUGAUUUGGUGUACAGUCAGUUGACCAUCCUGCGGGGUUCAGUGGUUGUAGAAAUUGUCAACCAGAUGAAGAACUACACUCUUAAAAAGGGAGAUAAAAUGAAGGUUCCUUCUGGUGAAUUUCAUAUUGUUUACACUGUGUCUGAUGUACCAGCAGGAUAUAUGUACACAUAUGUGAAUCAAACUGAAUGGAAUAUGAAUACAGCAACUUGCACACGACCUCGCUGGUAUGAAAAGACAGUUUCAUUUAUACCAAAUAAAGAAAGCACAAAUCUGGAAAAAAUCUUAUAUUUUUUUAAGCUAAAAUAUUAUAUAUUUUCAAGAAGUUUGACAUUGUCAGUUGGGGCCAUCCAGAGUCUUAUCAGUGGUCAACCAUUUGAGAAAGUACUGAAUGAGACAUAUCAAUAUGAAGAUAAACAUGUCGAUCGGACAGUUAUACAAAUUGUUGUUAUUUUCAUUCCUCAUUUUUCAUUCUUUUUUCAUUUAUUCACUUUUUCAUUCUUUUCAGUGUAUUUUCUUAUCUUUCAGUCUAUUUUAAUUGUUCUUUCUUUCUCUUUAUUACUAAUUAUUUCUUUCUUAUAA